GGGGUGCCCUCCUGUCAGGGUACCUGGCUCAUCCUCCCUAGGGUGUGGGGUUGUGCCUGUCGGGGCUCCCAUCCCUCCUCCAUGCAUGUGUGCAGAUUGGGAUGCUCUUCCCGCCCUCUUGGGGUGUGUGCGGGCUGGGGGGGUUCAUCUUGGUCCCUGGUUCUGUCUCAGGUCACCUCGCAGGUUAUGCCCCCAGUGGCCUGUCCCGGUUGCUCUGCUUUUCUGUUUGCGGUCCAGUUCUGGGCAGCUUUUGUCCAGCGGUAAUUUCUUUUAAUCCGGAUACAGUGGCCAAAUGGUCGUCAGGCUCAGCCAAAUCCCGUCAUUAGAAUUCUUCCCGGGAUUUAUCAAAAGUGGAUUUGCAACCCUGAGCUUGCCAGCCCGCGGAGCCUGCCCUGAACCCUGUGCAGCCUGAUCCGGCCAGGGCCUCGCUCUGGCUCUCGCUCGGUGCCCGAGGUCUGGCCAGGCUGCGCCCCAGGAUCGGGGCGCGGGAUCUUUGCCGCCCUCUCCUGCCGCCCCUCCGGAAUAUGACGCCCUCAACGCGGGGGGGGGGGGGGUGCUGUGGCCCCUCCCUCCGAGGCCGGAAGUGCCCCUAACUUUCCCGAUUCCCCACCACCUGUUUGGGGCUGGAGAUGGGGUGGGCGAGUCCUCCGAGGGGCAGGAGGGCUGGGCCAGCCGCGGCUGCUCCGGUCCCGGGAGGCGGGGGGCGCUGUCCGAUUGGCCGCGCCCCGCGCCCCGCCCGCUCGGCCCGCGGUCUCAGAGCUCGUCCAGCGGGAGGGAGGGAGGACGCGCAGGGGCGGGACCGGCCUCUAGGACCCCACGCGCGGGUCCGGCCCUGCAGCUUCGGAGCGCGCCGAGCGGGACCCGUGCGACCCGCACUCCUGGACCGGCUCCGGGGCGGACUCCCGAGCCCCUGCGCCAGGCGGUGGCUGGACCCGGCUCCCGGAGCGGAUUCGCGCGCGCCUGGACCCGGCGUUACCUGGGCCUGGCUGUACCUGGGCGCAGCGGCCAGGACCAGAGCGUCGCAGAGAGGGACGUGCUGCCGGAGCCGCCGCGGGAAGCCGCGGCGCUGGGAGCCCGAGAGGGCCGCGCAGAGGAGCCGGGGCUCGUCGGGAUCCCCCCAGCCCCCGCCUUGCGCCUCCGUGAGUGGCUCCCGCGCGGCUGUUUACGGCCGCAUUCGUGUCUCUGCGUUUGCUGGAGGCCGCCGCACGGAGCAAGAGCUGCCGGGAGGCGGCCUGGAGCGGCUGGGCGGGAGUGGCCUGGGGACGCACGGCCCGGGUGGCGUGAAGGCCCCUGGGGCUCCCGGGGCGAAAGUUCCCGGUCGGAUCGUGGGGUGUGGCGCUCGGGGGUCGCCGCAACAGUUGGCUGCCUCUCCCCGCGCAGUGUCGCUUGUUCACCAGGUCCGCCGUGGAGGCCGAGCCGCCCGAGCGCCCGGAGGAGCCGCGGGGCCACCAUGUCCGCGCGCCCGCGCUGCCGGGGUCUGCUGUGCUUGCUGGCAGUGACGGCCGCCGUGCGCCCCGGCGCGUGCGGGCUGUGCCCCGCCGCCUGCACCUGCGCCACCGACGUCGUCAGCUGCACCGACAGGAACCUGUCCAGGGUGCCUGCCAACCUCUUCAGGCUCGUCCGGAGACUGGACCUGAGUUACAACCGCAUCGGGCUCCUGGACUCCGACUGGAUGCCGUCGCCCCUGCUGAAGCUCAGCACCCUGGUCGUGCGCCACAACGACGUCGCCAGCGUCGCCGCGGGCAGCUUCGCCGCGACUCCCAACGUCCGGAGCCUGGAUCUGUCGUGCAACCGGCUGCAGGCGGUGCGCGACGCCGCGUUCCAGGAGCUGCGGGCGCUGGAGGUACUGCUGCUCUACGACAACCGCAUCUCGCGGCUGGACCCGGCGGCCUUCGGGGGCCUCUCGCGCCUGCAGAGGCUGUACCUGAGCGGCAACUGGCUCACGCAGUUCCCAGUGGGUCUCUACCUGGGCAGGUUCAGGCUGGCGGCGCUCACGUUCCUGGACGUGUCCUACAACCGGAUCCCCGCCGUGCCGGUGCACCACAUGCACCUGGUGCCGGGCCGGCAGCUGCGGGGCAUCCACCUGCACGGAAACCCCUUCGUCUGCGACUGCGCGCUGCACUCGCUGCUGGCCUUCUGGUACCGCCGGCGCUUCAGCGCGGUGGUGGAGUUCAGGGACCACUACACCUGCCGCCCUGCGGCUGCAGCCGGAAGCAGCCAGCAGGUGCCCCUCCUGCGAGAGAGCUUCCUGAACUGCUCGGACAGCGUUGUCAACGGCUCCUUCCACGCGCUGGGCUUCGUCCGUGAGGCCCAGGUCGGGGAGAGGCUGGUGGUGCACUGUGACAGCAAAGCUGGCUCGGCAAACACCGACUUCCUGUGGCUGGGCCCAGACAACAGGCUGCUGGAGCCGGAUAGGGACGCGGACAACUUCCACGUGUUCCCCAACGGCAGCCUGGUGAUAGAGAGCCCUCGGCCCGAGGACGCCGGCGUGUACUCCUGCAUCGCCAUGAACAGGCAGCACCGGCUGAACGAGACCCUGGACGUCACCAUCACCGUGAGCAACUUCUCUGCGGUGAGCAGGGCCCACGCGCACGAGGCCUUCAACACGGCGUUCACCACCCUGGCGGCCUGCGUGGCCAGCAUCGUGUUGGUGCUCCUGUACCUGUAUCUGACGCCGUGUCCCUGCAGGUGCAAGGCCCGGAGACAGAGGAGCGUGCCAAGCCAGAGCAGCGGUGGCGGCCCCCUCUCUGUGCCGAGUCCAGGCCCCGCGGCUGAGGGCGCGGCGGACGAGCCGAGGGCGGGUGCUGGGAAAAGAGUGGUGUUCCUGGAGCCUCUGAGGGACGCCGCGGCCCGGCAGAACGGCAGGGUCCGGCUCUUCCCUGGCGAGGCCGCCCUGGCCGAGGGCAUCCUGAAGUCCUCGCGGGGGAAGUCCGACUCGGGCUCCGUGAACUCGGUGUUCUCAGACACACCCUUUGUGGCCUCCACCUGAGGCUGGGUCGGGGCUGUAGCACUGGGCGGGGGCGCGGUGGUGCUGUGGGUCUGUUUCCUGGAGCACGAGCAGGUGGCCCCGGCAGCGGUCAGGAGCAAGGGCGGCUCAGCCCCUUGGCUCCUCUGGGCGCAGGAAGACCGGCUGUUUCCCCAACCCAAGUUCUCAGCGACGCUGGCCGUGUGAGAGCUGGCCCAGAGCUGACGUGACUGACCGAGCUGUCCCUUUACAUCCAGCCGCUGCCGACCUGCCAGGCCCCGAGGGGGUUGUCUGGGAGAGGGGAGCUGGGUGCUGCUGUGUCUUCAGAAAGAGGCAGCUGACCUGGGCCGGCAGCGUGGGGCUGGGGCCUGGACCGGUUUUGUUUGGCUUCUCUGCGAAUCGCUGGAAGUCGCGUCACCCCACGUGUCCCGAGUGUGCAGGCGUUGGUGCCCCUGUCCGCGCAGAUGUAUGCGUGUGGUUCUGUGAAGCGUAGCUGGGCCCUGCUGUGCUGUGCGUGUCCUGUGCCCGUGUCCUGUUUUGCCUGGCUGCUGGAACACCAAUCUAAGCUGUUUCCUGGGA